ACGGAUGAAAAUCGUGGACACUGCAGUCGAGAAUCGACGAACCGUGCGAGACAGCGAAAGUAACGUGCAAAAUAUUCUAAUAACAACAACACUUCAACAAUACAUCACGCAUUAUCUUCUCGUCCGUCAAACGCAUCGCCUAAGACCAGUCAUCAUGAAAUCGACCAUCGUAGUAGUAUGCAGCAUGUUGGUUGGCUUGGCUAGCUGUCAACAAUACCAACCAACAACUCCUAUCCCAAUCGUCCGGUAUGAAAAUGACGGAGUCAAUUUCGAUGGAUCUUACAAAUGGGCAUACGAAACCGGCAACGGUAUCCAAGCCCAGGAGAGCGGUUACGUGCAGCCAGCCCAAGAUCCCAGCCAAUCAGCCCUGAAUGUGGAGGGCGGAUACUCGUACACCGCACCGGACGGCACACCGAUCAAUGUUAAAUACGUCGCGGGUCCCCAGGGAUUCGUGCCCGUCGGUGACCAUCUGCCCACACCACCACCAUUACCGCCAGCAAUCGCCAAGCUCCUCCAGUUCUUGGCCACCCAACCUUCCACACCGGAACCGGCUUACAACAAGAGAAAGUAAACGCAUCCUCUUGCGUCCACAUAUCCCAACACACCCGAUCGAUUUGUACUACAUAUAUUCUUUCGACGUAUCAUAUUAUUAUUAUCAAUAUUAUAUACAAUACCCAUUCAAAGGUUUAAUUUAUAUAUAUAUUUGUAUUUGUAACAUUUUUUCAACAAUACGUUGACUUUAAUUCUUUAUACAGUUUUUACUUUUUUUUUUUUU